AUGCUCUUCCACUGGCUUCUGAUGGCUGCCUCGACCAGGGACCAAGAUCCCUCCUGGAAGCGGUAUUGGCCACCCCCUCUUCUGGAGACCCUCAGCCUGGAGGAGUCCCAGCCUGGCUGUGAGGCUCUGGAGGACGGGGACGGUGUCCUUCGCUUCUGUGGGAGCACCAAGACCCUAAAUCUGGAUCCCAGUCUUUCUGUGGAUGACGCCCCACCAAUGCCUUCAAGCACUGCCGCUGACUCACCCCAGGAUGGGACAGCUCUACCUGGGCAAGCAGGGAGCAGAAGUAGCCCCCGGCGUGGUGUAAGUGCAGGUAAAUGCACCAUCAGGCGCUGCCGAAGCUCCUCAAGCCGCCGAAGCCACUCACGUCGCCGCACCUCCCCACAAGGGAGAGGGAGAAAGAAAAAGAGGGGAAGGCGGACAUCCGGCAAGAGACGAAGCCAGAAGAGAUCCUCUCAGAACUCUGGGCCGAGCACAGAGCAGGGAGGCGAAGCGAGCGCCAAGCAGGGGAACGGACAGGGCUCUGAGGAGACUGACACUCCUCCUCAAAACAAGAGGAGGAAGUCGUCAUCAGAGGGAAAAAAGAAAAGGAAACGGUUAUCAGGUGUGGCCUAUGACCUUUCAAGACCUCCAUGA